GAAAGUUUUAGAACUAAAAUACUACAAACAAAUGUUACUUAGAAUAUUAUCAAUUUUUAUUUGUAAUCUUUUACAAUUCUACUGUUCGUGGAUUGUAUGCUUAUAAUUAUGCCGUCUUUUACAAAAAAUUAGAUCUUUGCAUUUUAUAAAUUGUUGCAGGUAAGAUUAAAAGACGCUGUACCGGAAGCUUUCAGAAUGGUACUAAACUACAUUUAUACCGAUCGUAUUGAUCCUACCAAGAGAUCAGACGACAAAGUUGAAGAUCCCCAGAGCAACCGUAUUGUACUUCUUAUGAUGGAUGUAUAUCGGCUGGCUGUGCAAUUCAAUAUGAAACGUUUGGAACAAUUAUGUAUCAAUUAUCUCGAGGCAACCAUAAGCCAUGCGAACGUUUUGGAAGCAUUGCGCAAUGCUGUGCAUUUGAAAUUGUACUUUAUAAAAGAGUUUUGUCUCAGCUUUGUUGUAAAGGAGAUUAAUUAUAAUUUAAUCGUGAUGAGUCAAGAAUUUGAGACUUUAGAUCAACCGUUAAUGGUAGAGAUUAUUAGGCGACGACAAGUACCACAAGCCAGAACUUUUACGAAAUGCGAAUAUGAAUCUGUUACUGGAACUAGUCUGGAGCAAGACAUGGAAGCGUUUUUGAAAAGCAUUGGUCGAGAAUUUUGUGAUAUCACAUUGAUACUGAACGAUACGCCGAUACCGGCGCACAAGGCUAUUCUCGCAGCGCGAUGUAGUUAUUUUGAAGCAAUGUUCCGAUCUUUCAUGCCUGAAAAUAAUACGGUGAACAUACAAAUUGGUGAAAUGAUACCGUCGUCGGAAUCGUUUCAAUCCUUGCUGAGGUAUAUCUAUUUUGCGGACGUCUCGAUGCCUCCUGAAGACUCCUUGUAUCUAUUUACUGCGCCGGUAUUUUAUGGUUUCACAAAUAACCGACUCCAGGCAUUUUGCAAACAAAAUCUCGAGAUGAAUGUCACUUUCGAAAAUGUUAUACAGAUUUUAGAAGCAGCUGAUAGAAUACAAGCUACCGAUAUGAAGAAAUAUGCUCUGAAUCUGAUAGUUCAUCACUUUAGCAAGGUUGCCAAGCUUCCAAGAUUAAGACAAUUAAGCCGCGAACUUUUGUUGGAUAUUCUUGAUGCGUUAGCUGAUGAACGCAGCGAAACUAGAACUUGUCAAGAUAUGACAAAUGAUUGCUGACGGAUUUCUAUUUCAGAUCGUCGUCCGUGCAAUUGGGAUUUACCAUCACCGUGCAGUUUUCAGGAAUUGUGCCGCGUGAAUUUUAUCCUAGGACGAACGAUUCUGUUUGUCGGUAAUUGUUACUUCGAUCAAGCAGCUAAAUCUUGCCUGACAUCGGAUAUACAGACCCUGUUACCAUUGUCAACAACCACGUCCGUCUCGAUUCAAGAUGAAUCAUCGUGCAACGCUAAUCAUCUGAUCGCAUCGUCUCGUUGCGAUGAUGAUAGAAGGCAGCACCAAUGGUCUACUAUUACCCGUCGCUGUUCCGUCGGUUGCAACAUGUUGAAACGCACUGUUGUUGCUUUAUCAGAUCUUGGGCUUAAAAAACUGUUUCCAUAAUCGGAAUAAUUUAUUAAUGUUGAAGAGAGCGAUGACUUUCAAUGAUAUUGUAGAAAA